UGUGCGUUGUGCCGGAGACUGGUAGAAACUCUCAGCUGCCUUCCCGCGGGGAGUUUGGGGGCCUGUCAGGCCUGCCUGCCUGCAUUGUCUUCGGAUAACUGGUUUCGUGUGAGCGUCCCGUCGCCUGCCGCCAUCAUGACGCCGCUGAUCGCGAUGGUACUGAACGGCGUGUUGCUGUUCCUGGUGCCUCCGCUGCUGGUGCUGUAUACGACGCUGAUGAUCCUCGCGCCGUUCGGCCUCUCGCUGGGCGUCCGUAAGAAGUACGUGCAGCUACUCAUCAAGAUAUUCGAGUUCGGUCGGGUGCGGCUGGAGCAGAAGCGGAAUCGCAAGAACCAGAUGUCCGGCGACGGAGUGGAGGCGGACGACGAGUUCUCUGACGACAAGCUCCUGUUGGUGCCCGACCCCGACCAGGAGAAGAAGACGCACCAGAACGGCCGUCGCAUAAUACGGAUGAGCACGGUUGAGGGCCCUCCGGACGACUCUGUCAGCUACCGCCUCGACUCCUGUCUCGACUACGUCAAGUCGGCCUUGCAGGCGAUAGUGGACGACGAGGUCACGAAACGCUUCUGCGCCGAAGAACUCAAGUCCUGGAACUUGCUGACGCGAACUCAGCAGAAGUACGAGUUCAUCAGCUGGCGCCUGACGCUGCUAUGGUUCGUGGGCUUCUUUUUCCGGUACUGCUUCCUCCUGCCCGUCCGAAUCACCAUCUUCUUCACUUCGGUGGCCUCGUUUGUCCUCUUCGUCUCGGCCGUUGGCGUGCUGCCAGAGUGCCGGCUGAAGCGCUGGCUCUACGACAAGGUCUCGCUCAUGGCGUUCCGCAUGUUGACGCGGAGCUACUCGGGCUGCGUGCGCUUCCACCAGCUGGAGAACCGGCCGCGCGCGCGGGGCGUGUGCGUGGCCAACCACACCUCGCCGAUCGACGUCUGUAUCCUGAGCUGUGACGUCAGUUACGCUCUGGUGACUUGGAUGGUGCUGGCCAUGUCGCUGCUGGGCUGCCUGCCGGACAGCACGGCGCGCCGCUGGGCCGCCCAGCGCACCAGCGUCUUCUGCUUCCAGUUCAUGUCCAACACGCUGUCGGCCGUCAUCACGUACCACAACCCGGAGAACCGGCCGAUGCGCGGCAUCUGCGUGGCCAACCACACCACGCCGAUCGACGUGCUCGUGCUCAACUGUGACCAGGCCUACAGCCUGAUCGGGCAGCGGCACAGCGGCUUCCUGGGGCUGCUGCAGCGCGCCCUGACGCGGGCCUCGUCACACAUCUGGUUCGAGCGCGGCGAGGUCAAGGACAGGUCGGCGGUGACGCGCCGGCUCAAGGAGCACGUCGACGACCCGCACAAGCUUCCCAUCCUCAUCUUCCCGGAGGGUACCUGCAUCAACAACACGUCCGUCAUGCAGUUUAAGAAGGGCAGCUUCGAAGUGGGCGGCACCAUCUACCCCGUCGCCAUACGGUACGACCACCGGUUCGGCGAUGCCUUCUGGGACAGCAGCCAGUACAGCAUGCUGCACUACCUGUACAUGAUGAUGACGUCGUGGGCGAUCGUGUGCGACGUCUGGUACCUGCCGCCAACCUCGCGUCAGCCCAGCGAGACGGCCAUCGACUUCGCCAACCGCGUCAAGGCGUCCAUCGCCAGCGCCGGUGGACUCGUCGAUCUCAUGUGGGACGGGCAGCUGAAGCGGAUGUCGGUGAAGAAGGAGUGGCGGGAGAAGCAGCAGCAGCACUUCACGCGCCGCAUGCUCGCCAUCAACCAGCAGCUGCGCGACGAGCAGCGCGAGAAGGACGAGUGAGCGGCGGUGCUGGCGGCGGCCCGGCUCCGGCCGGGGGCGUGUCUUUCCAGUCAGCGAAGCCGGCAGGCGUUCUCCUUCAAUCGACGUACGCGCUGCCACCGGACCGCUGCGGCCACUCGUGCGCUGUGGUCUGAACCGAGCGGAGUCGACGACUGAGCCGCGUCUGAUGCGCCGGCCGACAUUCCGGGGAGCCCCCGGCCCGUCGCGAAGUAGCGCUCGUCUCACAGGUUGUCACGAGUGUCGAGGCGAGACGGCAGGGUGCGAGGCGUCCGGGACCCCGAUGGCCAGACUGACGCCGUUGUGGCGGAGCUGUGCUGUGACAACCGUGCGGCGGUGCACGGUUACGACGUCGCAACGGAGGACAGCCUCGCGUUAGCGACUUGGUGUCCAACUGGUUAGUGACGUCGCUUGUAGCUGUUCCAGUAUGAGAGCCACGUGUAUGAGUGACGCUGGUCGUCCCAGUCUGGCGUUUGUGCGGCUGACGGGAUGCCUCCAGUCCAAACCAAACUUGUGUGCCUGCGAUGGUAGCUGCUCUUGUUUGAGAGCACGGGUGACAAUGUGACGGCAGGACUGUGUCAGCCUGACAGCGGUGGUUGACAGUGCGACGAUAGCUGCGUGUGACUAUGUGACGUCCGAAGGUGGCUACUCGAUGGGGUCAGUUGAAAAUAGCGUGACGAAGAGCGUGACUGUCCUCUUGCGAAAGAAGACGUGGCGGCGUCCACUCGCAGAGCUCGGCGGUGCCGUGCCGUGCACGCCACCGCAGUGUCAUCGGAUGGCACGGAAGCGGGCGAUGGCGGGCACUGCCGACCCGGGGGGCCUGUGUUGGGCAGCUGCGAACGCGAGUGAACCCGUGCUCUCCCCGCUCGCGGCGGUGUGGCCCUGGUCGAGCGACCCCGCCUUGGAACGCGAGCUUGGAACGCGAGUGAGCCUGCGCCCUCCCCGCACGCGGCCGUGUGGGCCUGGUCGGGCGACCCCACCAGCUGGGCUUCGAACGCGAGUGAACCCGCGCCCUGCUCGCACGCGGCCGAGCGGACAUGGUGGAGCCGCCUCAUCAACUGAGCUGCGCGUGCGGCAGCGGCGCGGGUCGCGCUGCCCGUUAGGAUCGUUUUUGUGCUUCGAGAGACUAUUUUUGCGCACUAAAUCGUAUGCAACUAUUUGGUAAUGCCCUUGUUCGUGAGCCUACCAGCGGGCUCUGACAGUUAUCAUGGGAGAUCGCAACAAAAGGGCGGAAUUAGCGAUAGGUUGCUUUAACACUUGACCCAAGAUUUUCGGUUGAUUAUUUAUGGGGUGUGCCUACUUUGUUGGUGUUGUUUGUGUUUCAGUCUGUCAGGCUUUCGAACAGCUACUCAGUUUUUGUUUCAAAGUUGUAGGAAGUUCGAAAAGCCUUCAUUGAGAUCUUUUGUUUGUUGAUAAGACCUGUUUCAUAAAGCGGAGCAUUAUUAUCUGUUCGUUACGUAUUCCCCGUUAGAUAUUAUUGCAUCUAAUUUGUGCUCGAUUGAAACCGCAGCGUGUAUCAUGUGUCGUGUUCCAGUGCUUCCAUGCCAGGUUGUCUAGUCUUGGGUUCUUGCCGCGCCGUGUUCGCACAACCCUGCUGUCGAGGGGCUCACCACGCGUGACCGUGGCGUCGAUGAGCAUCGCCGCCGCCGCCGUCGGGUGCGGCAGGUCUGCACUGUGGUGGGACAGGUUUGGAUUGGGACGGGACAGGUUUGGACUGUGGUUUAACACAUCUCGGCUGUGACGAGACAAGUCUGCACGGUGACUGCGGAUCUGGACUGUGACGGGACAGUUCUGCACCGUCACGAUACGGAUCUGCACUGUGACGGGACAGGUCUACACUAUGAUGGACACAUCUGGGCUGUGACGGACAGGUCUUGACUGUGCCAGACAAAUGCAGACUGUGACGAGACAGAUCUGGGAUGUAACUGACAGACCUGGACUGUGACGAGCGGGUCUAGACUGACACGACAGCUAUGGACUGACAGGGCACCUGAACUGUGACGGGACAGAUCUAGAUUGUGGCGUCUGUGACGGUGUGGGGUAGAAGUGCACCGCGACGAGCAGGCCUGGGCCGUCGCGAGACGGACCUGGACUAAGCCCGCACAGAUCUGGACUGUGACAAGACAGGCCUGUACAUUUACGAGACAUGUCGGGACUUUGACGAAUGGUCUAAACUGGCGGGACAGAUAUGGAUUGUGACGAGGCGGAAUAACUAGCCUGUGACUGUCUAUUGCGACUGUCUGGGCAGCCACGAUCAGAACCAAUACAUGGUAUCGUAUGGG